AGAUUACACUUAAAAUAAACACCACAUACUAAUUAAGAUAAUCCAAAAAUCAUAAAUUUUUCAUGAUCAAUUUCAUGAAAGUCUUUUCAUGAUCCCUAUCUUUUCUCCUCUUACAAACCCUAUCUCUCUUCUUCACUUUGGGGAUGAGAAAGAGGGAGCAAUUGAAGGAAAGAAGGAGAGGGAGCGAGUGAGAUCAGUGAAUGGGCGUAAGUAAGGAUAGAUCGACAAUCGACGAUUCAUCAGGAGAUAGACGAUCAAAGAGACUCCUCUGUCUCUCACUCUCUUCCUACUCUCUCCACCUUCGGUUCUUUGUUCAGGUACCUUUGACACAAGCUUUGGCAUUUCUCAAAUUUGGCAGCUGCCAUAUUCAACAAUUGGAGCAUCAUUUUUCAACACAGCUGCUAUAUUAUAGCAAUGGCAGCUCCAAUGGCAAACCAUUGGAGAUGCUCUUAGAUCUCUACAUUUAAAAAGUCUAGCUGAAGUUGAAUUGGUCUAAAGGUUGACAUUUCUUUCCCGUGGACUUUGAAAUGUUGCCUGUACAGUUUUCCCUGCUAGGUUGUGGUUUUGGUGUUGCUUUUUCAUGACAAGUUAAUUUGUUUACUGUUUCUCUAUCUUCCUACGGAGCCAUGGAGUGUGUAAGCCCAAUCUUAAGCAUAGCCACUGGCUUAUGGGAUUGCACCGCCAAGACGGCAAAAAGUAUACACGAUUUGGAAGAAGAUCUCAAGUCACUGGAAAAUGAAAUGGAAAAAUUAAAAGACUUGACUGAAGACGUGAAAAGAAAGGUUGAACUCGAAGAGCAACGACAAAUGACACGAAGGAAGCAAGUUGAUGGUUGGCUGCGAAGGGUUGAAGUUGCAGAAUUGCAAGUGAAAGAAAUUUUGAAUAAAGGGGGUCAAGAAAUGGAGAAGAAAUGCCUUGGAUGUUGUCCCAAGAAUUGUCAAUCAAGCUACAAAUUGGGAAAGGAAGUGAAAGAAAAUCUCAAGGUUGUGAUUGAACUUCAAAGUGAGGGGCAUUUUGAUGCUGUGGCUGAUAGAUUGCCUCGUGGUCCGGUAGAUGAGAGGCCCAUGGAGAAGACGGUAGUGGGCUUGGAUUUGAGGUUUCAGGAGGUAUGGGGAUGGCUCAACGAUGAACAAGUGAGAAGUAUUGGAAUUUUUGGAAUGGGGGGUGUUGGAAAGACUACCCUCUUGAGCAAAAUUAAUAAUGAGUUCGUUUACACGAACCAUGAUUUUGAUGUUGUGAUUUGGGUUGUGGUGUCCAAGCAAGCAACUGUCGAAAAGGUUCAAAAGGUUAUUUGCGAUAAACUACAUAUAUCGGAUGAUCUGUGGAAAAAUAAAAUUGAGGAUGAGAGAGCUGUAGAGAUCUUUCAAAUUUUGAGAAAGAAAAAGUUUCUACUGUUGUUAGAUGAUGUAUGGGGACGACUAGAUCUCUUGAAAGUUGGUGUUCCUCCUCUGGGGAACAACAAUAAGUACAAAGUAGUGUUCACAACCCGAUCUGAGGAUGUAUGUGACUACAUGGAAGCUGACAAGAAGGUUAAAGUGGAGUGUUUGGCAAGGGAGGAAGCCUUGGAUUUAUUCUGGAAGAAGGUGGGAGAGAACACUCUAAAUUCUCAUCCAGAUAUACCAAAGCUUGCAGAAAGAGUUGUUGAAGAAUGCAAAGGUUUACCACUUGCUCUCAUCACUAUAGGACGAGCCAUGACAAGAAAGAAUGAUCCCCGUGAUUGGGAGAGGGCAAUCGAAAAGAUGAAGAAAAUUCCAUCAAGUUUUUCAGGUAUGGAUGAUGAUGUAUUUCGUGGUUUGAAAUUUAGUUAUGACAGUUUACACGAUGAUAUUAUCAAAUCUUGUUUUGUGUAUUGUUGUAUAUACCCGGAGGACUAUGACAUUUUGAACGACGAUCUUGUUGAACAUUGGAUUGGGGAGGGAUUUUUGGAUGAAUUUGAUGAUAUAUAUGAAUCGCGUAAACAUGGGCAUGAGAUUAUUGGAAGCCUCAAGCUUGCAUGUCUAUUAGAGUUAGGAAAAUCUAAAGAUCACAUUAAGAUGCACGAUGUGAUCCGUGACAUGGCAUUAUGGAUCGAUUAUAAAUCUAAUGGAAAUAAUAGAUUUUUGGUACUUGAGGAACAUACAGGGCUUUUUGAAGUAAAUGAAGUAACAAAGUGGAAGGAGGCAGAAAGGAUAUUAGUAUUAAGUAGUAGUAGUGUCGAAGAAAUCAGUACUAAGAAAAGGUUUUGCCCCAAUCUUCGAACUUUAUUUGUGAGACACACUACACUAAAUGCAUUUCCACGUGGAUUCUUCCAAUUUAUGCCUGUGAUAAGUACUCUUGACUUAUCAUCAAAUUUUCACUUAAUUGAGGUGCCUGAGGGCAUUGAUAAAUUGGUUACAUUGCAGUAUCUCAAUCUAUCAAACACACGGAUAAAGGAGUUGCCAGUUGAGCUCAAGAAUUUGACAAAAAUCAAGUAUUUGUUAUUGAAUUCAACAUAUAAGUUGGUGGUAAUUCCACGACAAGUGAUAUCAAGUCUUUCAUUGUUACGGGUGUUUGGUAUAUCCGGUGGCAAUUCUUCAUCAAAUGCUAUUGUUGAAGCUAAUGUUUUAAGUGGUGGUAGAAAAGCCUUGUUAGAGGAAGUGGAGUCUUUGGAGCACUUGUCCGACAUUUCAAUUACCAUAUUUGAUGCAUUUUCUGUCAAAAAAAUACAAAACUCCCAAAAGUUACAGAGGUGCUUGAGCUAUCUAUGCCUUGAGAGAUGCGAGGGAUUGAGCUCACUUGAAUUGUCAUCUUCAUCAUUGAAAAGAAUGAAUCAUCUAGAGAGACUUGAUAUAUACUACUGUGAAUUGAGAAAUUUAGAAAUUAUUCCCAGCUCAAAUUUAAUGGGUGGUGGAUACUUCCAUAACCUUAGUAAGGUACACAUUGCUUAUUGUGACAUGUUGUUGGACCUGACAUGGCUCAUUUAUGCUCCAAGCCUUCAACUUCUUGAUGUGGCUCACUGUAGAUCGAUGAAAGAAAUUGUGCGCGAGCAAAAUGGAAGAGUUGCAGGAUUUGAAGAUAUUUUAGACAUAUUCUCACGACUCACCACAAUAUGUCUGAUUAAUCUACCAAGCCUAAUGAGCAUCUUUCCACGUGCCUUGCCUUUCCCUUCCCUGAUAGAGCUCCGAGUGGGAAUGUGCUUCCGACUAAGGAAGCUCCCAUUUGAUUCCGACACUGCCAAGAAUAGUCUAAAGGAAAUUAGAGGAGAUGGAUUUUGGUGGAAUUUGUUGCAGUGGGAUAAUGAAACCAUUGAGGCUGCUUUCCGUUCAUAUUUUGUGCCAGAAGAGUCAAUGUUGUGAAGAUUGGUUGCAACCAAAUUCAUAUUGCUUUUUUUUUGGCUGUUUGGACAGGCAUUUGAAGGCUGAUAUGGGUUAUUGGAUACUUUGUGAUCAUACUCAAGAGAGCAUAUAUUGUUAUCAUUAUUGAAUUUAAAAAUAAUAAAAUAAAAGAGAGAGAGAAUGCUUGGGUAUAUGUUUGUAAUUUGAAUAAACUACGGGUCGCGGAAUGCUUAAUUCCCCCAAGAUUAUUGAUGGUAAGGUGUGGUUUGAGGUUUGUUUUUUUAAGUUUUUAAUUUUUUUUUAUGAGAUGAAAAAUAUUUAAUCUGUUUAAAAAUUUUUUUUUCUUUUUUUUUUUUGGUAUGCAAAAAUGUGAAUGGCUGAAGUAUAUAAAUUGUAUUUUUAGUGACUUUAA